UUGCUCAUUUGAUUUGAUCUAUUGUCGUUGGACAUUUUCUUAUUUAUCUUAUAAUGUGAAUAUCCGGUAUGGAUAAUAAUAAGUCUCUUUAUGAUUAAAAAUUAAUCGUUGGACAUUUUAUUUGUGAGCGAGAUUAAAUGACCACGAUUAAACAUAUUAAGAAUGUGAUGCUUUUAGGACCAGUAACAUUACAUAUAAGGUAAAAGAGAGGCAGAAUGAGUGACAAUCAAACAGCUACACUCUAGGGCCCAGAUGAAGCGGAUGUAAAGAUCACAAAACGGUGUUGAACAACGAGCAAAACCUAUACCGACAUGAGGAUUAGAGACUAUGUUUUAGUUUGUGUAAUAGUGUUAACGUUACUCAAAGUAAAUGGGCUAUAUGAAAUUCCAGGAAAUUAUUCUAUGCUGAGUUUGAAUAGAACUUUAGAUCGAAGGAUUUUAAUCGAUACCAGUGCAGACAUGCCUACACCGCAAUAUAAUGACACUGAGUUUCAUACACCCUAUAUAUCUAGUUUUGAAAACCAUGCCGGGAUCCAAUAUCCAUCUUCGUAUAUUUUCAUUGACAGCCUUGGAAACCAUUACUCUAGAUUUCUAUAUCAUAUUUUUGAAAUGUGGGAUAUGGAGCUUGACAAUUUGGCUAUAAUAACAGAUCAAUCUGGAGCAGAAGACUAA